UGGGGGCGGCCGUUCUCCUCAGGUAACCCCGGGACGCCGCGGUCUGCUCCCAGUGAAGUACCAGACGAGGGCACGCCCCCCGCCGCGUGGCUCGGACGCUUCCCCACCGGGCCCCGUUCCUCCAUGGCGGGGGCUGCUCCGGCCGCCGCCUUCGGGCAGGCAGUGAUCGGCCCCCCGGGCUCGGGGAAGACCACGUAUUGCCUGGGCAUGAGCGAGUUCUUGCGCGCGCUGGGCCGGCGCGUGGCAGUGGUGAACCUGGAUCCGGCCAACGAGGGGCUGCCGUACGAGUGCGCCGUGGACGUGGGCGAGCUGGUGGCCCUGGGCGACGUGAUGGACGCGCUGCGCCUGGGACCCAAUGGCGGCCUGCUGUACUGCAUGGAGUACCUGGAAGCUAACCUGGACUGGCUGCGCGCCAAGCUCGAACCCCUCCGUGGCCACUACUUGCUCUUCGACUGCCCAGGCCAGGUGGAACUCUGCACUCACCAUGGCGCUCUGCGCAACAUCUUCUCCCAGAUGGCUCAGUGGGACCUCAGGCUGACAGCUGUCCACCUUGUGGAUUCUCACUACUGCACAGACCCAGCCAAGUUCAUUUCAGUACUGUGCACCUCCCUGGCCACCAUGCUGCAUGUGGAACUGCCACAUGUCAACCUCCUCUCCAAGAUGGACCUCAUUGAACACUAUGGGAAGCUGGCCUUCAACCUUGACUAUUACACGGAGGUCUUGGACCUUUCCUACCUGCUUGACCACCUGGCCUCUGACCCUUUCUUCAGCCACUACCGUCAGCUGAACGAGAAACUGGUGCAACUGAUUGAAGACUACAGCCUGGUCUCUUUUAUCCCUCUCAACAUCCAGGACAAAGACAGCAUUCAGAGAGUCCUGCAGGCUGUGGAUAAAGCCAAUGGCUAUUGUUUUGGAGUCCAGGAGCAGCGAAGCCUGGAGGCCAUGAUGUCUGCUGCUAUGGGUGCUGACUUCCACUUCUCCUCCACACUGGGCAUCCAGGAGAAGUACUUGGGGUCCUCAGACCAGUCCGUGGAGCAGGAAACCAUGCAGCUAUAGCGACAGAGAGGCCCAGGAGAACAGUGGACAGACACAGCCGGCCACGGAGCCUAAAGAAGUCCUUUCGGCCAACAUGCAGAGCCUGGCGAAGGGGCAGUGGCUCUACAAAGCACUUCUGGACAGAAAACCAGACAAGGCAAAGAGCAGAACACCCGCCACAGUGGUGCCUUGGGGCCUAAGUGCUGCCUUCAGGAAGUGCUGGUGGAUGUUGAAGACCGGCUCGACUUGGACUGUGUUGGAGUGUUGGAAUGCUUAUUUAAGAGUUUACUUUCUAUGUCCACACCCCCUCCCCACCCGCUCCCCCAUCCCGAGGGUUUGAACUCUGUCUGAGCCUAGGUGCUGU